AUGAUGGAGUCUAGUUUUCGCCACUAUUCGCGCUAUGACCCCUUCAGCACCAGCAUCAAGGACCUAGAGCAGAUAUUCAACUUCAGAAUCCAACUCUUUGACACCCGCAAAUCGUUGGGGAAUGAACUCGACUCCGACCUCAACGUGUGGCUCAAAAAAGCCCAUUCCGCGGGCAAAAGCAAAAAUCAGUCUCCGCCAGCUCCAGAGUCCUCCAAACGACGGAGACUCGACACUGCCUCGUCCACGUGCACAUUUCUGGACGACUUCGAGCUCUUCCGAUACAGGGACGAAAUCCAGGAAUUACGGGAAGAAGUGAUUUCCGUGCAUUAUCAACAGUACAUCGGGCUCCAAACAAAGCCUGCCUCGCACAAAAACCAUCACGAAGGUAUGACGAAAGCAUAG